UUUCAUACAAAAAGCUAUGCUUAUCGUAAGGUUCUGAAAGACGUGGACUUGAAAGCUUGGCUUCUGACUUAUUACACUUGAGGUAAUUCGCAAUUGCAUGAUAGACCUGGUAACUUUUAGUUUUUCAUUCUACAUUGACAUUUUUGUUUAUUUUGUGAUCAAAUUAAUUAUUAAAUAACCUUUACCGGUGUCCAAUUUUCAUCAAUCCGAAAUGCAAGAAAAAUUUGAUACAGAUGUUAAUCCAGUGGACUAUUUCAUCAAUAAAACAAAUGAUCGUUGGAAUUAUCGGAGUUAUGACCGCAAGAAGCGAAGUUCAAUGUCUUUCUAUUCAUUAAUAUUCAAUCAGCCACAAAUGAUUGGAUAUUUCAGUGUGAAUGAGUAUCGUGAAUUUGUUCCCGAUGCAUCGCAGCUACGAUAUCUGAAAAUGCCUCAAUCUCAAAAUGUACGGCUUGAUCUGAAUGACGGAUUGAAGGAAUUCCGUCCCAAGCCGGAGAGUGUAAAGCGGGAAAAAAUGGAUUUCUUACUUCGUUUCAUUGUCAAUAAUUUGAAUAGAUUAAGAGUCAACGAGGGAUUUGGUUUCCAAGGCAGAUUACUAAGUCCGGACAUAAUUUGUAGCAGAGGUAGACUUGUGCAGAUAAUGUGUCCUCAGUACACUACCGAUAAAAAAUGGUCACUGAUUGUGUCGAAAUACAAAGGGAAUGUUUACAUUUGCCAACCGGAUGGAGAUGACUUUCAUACGAUUCAGACUGCGUAUGGCUUCAAAUUCGAACAAUAUUUGCUGAGCGAAAACCCGCUAGACGAUCCAGUCACCGAUGUUCCCGUCAUCGAAUCCGAAGAAUUUUACGGAGUUUUCGAAAGUGGUAUUGGCAACAUCUCAUUGCUAUAUAAUGCUGAAAUGGAUGGCUUGGAUAGUAGUACUGCGGUUGACUUAACCGAAGCAGACUUUAAUCGAUUAAAAUUCGUUGAGCUGAAGACGUGUUUGGGUCCAAGUGAGAGCAGACAUUGCAGAUGGUGGGCUCACACAUUUUUGGCUGGUAUUUCCGAAGUCACUGUUGGUUACCGUACUCGAGAAGGAAUUGUAACCAGAGUCGAGAAUUUACCAAUAGAUUUUCUGAAAAGCCAAGCAGAGGCCAACUGGUCACCAGCAAAGUGCAUCGAGCUGUUAAAAACCUUUCUGAAUUUUGUGCUUUGGAUCUGCCGGAACGUGGACUCCCCGCAUACAGUCUACAAAUUCGACUACGAUUGUAAGCUCAACAAAACCAUUCAAUGCACCAUAUUCCGAGGUAAAAAUGAGUACUCCUUUCUACCAGAUUGGUACUUGAACGAGACUAGUGCUUAAAGUUGUUGUUAAAGUAAAAGCUAAAAUGUUGACACUUUCUAUAUUUUGGUAAUUUUGGUCUAUCCGCGUGCCUGAAUGCGAAACAAUCAUUUUAAGUGUUCACUAAAAACGACCUACACUUGCAACUUAUCAUGUUUUUGUAGUUUCUUAGAUGAUGUAUGGUGAAAAAUAUUUCAAAUCAAACUUUAUUUUGAAAAACUCAUUUACCGAUGAUGAAUGUUACAGAAUAAGAAUAAAGAAAUAACAUUCCAAACGCA